UUUAAACUUUGUUCAUGCUAAAAACAACAGAAUCGAAUAAUUCUAAGUCGCUAUGGGUUCGUACACUUUCUCCACCUGUAGGGUGUAAUUCUAAGGCGGGGAGCAUAAAAAGGCCCAACCAUACAAUGAGAAAAUACAGUCAGGUGCAAGUUUUAGUUCUAGACACAACCAUGAAUUUCCUGCUUGGAUCCUGUAUCGUCAUGGCAUCAGCCUUUGUUGCGUGCAAGGCGCAAUAUUACCAACAACAGCAAAAUGAACCUGAACGGGAAGAGUCUCAGUUUGCUUACAGCGCCCCCAGAACACCCUCGCCCCAAAUAAUAUCCCACAAACAGGCACUGAACCACGAUGGUAACUUCAAAUACGCGUUUGCCGCCGAAAACGGAUUGGCCCAGGGUGAAUCCAUAGCCCCUGAUGGCAGUCGUACAGGUGGUUAUACCUACGUGGACCCCAAUGGUAAAAAAAUAUCAGUAAAAUACACCGCAGGAAAAGAUGGUUUCAAAAUUUUGGAGGGCGAUCAUAUCCCUAAGGCGCCCCCUCACGCUUUAAUUGCCGAGCAGUCGCGGAGGGCUCAAGUCCAAGAGCCCAGCUAUUACAAACCAGCGCCUGUACAGCAAUACGUGUCUGCCCAACCUAGAGCCCAAUUUGGCCUCCAACAACCCCGAGCGGCAUACACUCAAGUGCGACCUGCUUUCACCCCCUCGAACGAACUUGAACAGCAAAGGGACCUCGACUAUCAGGAUGAACCUGGCAAACCUCAUUCGUUUGGAAGCGGCUACGUUUUUGAAUUUACCGGUUGAACGAUCAUCUAUUGUUAACUAUUUCUCUUUUUUUUUUUAAACAUCUUUCUCUCUCGUUCGAUUUCAGUUACUAGCGUAAGUUUAGUAAGUUUUUUUUUUAAUGUUAUGAAAGCUUUAAGUUCCUGACUGAACCCUGUAAUGUCUGACAUGAUUGCAUGCUCGUCCAAGUGUUUGUGUAAUAAUAAAAGUUGUU